AAAAUCGCGAUUUUUUAAAAUGCUAUGAAAGAGAUGAAAUUAGAAAUGAUUAAUGAAUUUAAAGGUUUACAUAAAAUUUCACGUCCUAAAAACCCGUAAUGUAACUGUUAAAGUUGAAAAUAUAUUCCUCAUCAUUCCGUUUGACCAGUGCAAAUGGCAGCUUAUUAAUUUCCGACACUAAUUCCGAAGAUUGCCGAUGCUGAUAAGAAUGCGUGUGCUGCUGACCUGGGUCAACAAAAAUGGACGAAGAGAUUUCAGAUACUAGAAGCAGGUCUACCACACCCGAAGUUCAUUCUUCGGAUGGAGAAAGGCCCAUUCGUGGGAGGGGUAAUAGGAGACGGACAGCGCGGGGAAGAACUAGGGCGAGAGGUGGCAGAGGCAGAGGCCAUAAUAGAGCCGUACAAGGACAGCCAGAUCCACUCAACAGGGCUGAAGUCGCCGCACAGGCCAGAGCUGAAAGAGAUCGUCAGAUGCAGGAACGAAUUGAUGGCCUAUCUGAAGAUCAAAUGAAAUGUGCGAUAAUGGCCACGUACAGGGAACAACCUAGUUUUCUGUUCAGAGUACUGGAAGCAUGUUGA